AUGAACUUCGAAAUAAUUAGUGCCAAUCUUCAACACCAACAUAUAUAUCAAGAUGGUCUCCAUCCAUCAAUUGAAUCAGGCUCUAUACUUAUUGAAAAAACUCUCUAUAACUGGUUUACUACAUAUACUCAACGUUUAUCUUCAGAAAAUAAUCAUCGCAAUUUACGACAAAAACAUCAACAACGGCAACACAAUUAUCUAACCAAUGACAACAGUAUUUGUCAUCCAUCAACAAAAAAAAACAAGAAUAACAUUAUGUGUCAAGUAAAGACAACCCUCAUCAGUUAUUCCAAUAAAACAUUACCACCAAGAGAUAAUAAUGUACCAUUAUUUCAAGGAUCCCUUCAAUCAACACCAUUUUUCAAUGAUAAGAAAACGAAUAACAAACAACAUCAACAACACUCUUUCAAUUCACUCUUGCCAUUAGAAAAACAUAACAAAAAUGAAAAUGAACAUCAAAGAAUUCAAGCACCUACAGCCACUGUAGCUAGAGAAUCUUCAAUGAUAAUAUCCCCUCUGCAAAUUUUUACACCAGAAUCAUUAAUAAGACCACCAUCGGUAAUACCAAAAAGUGUCAUAACAACAUUACAUAUGUCAUUUGAUUUUGAAAUUAUUCCUAUCGAUUUUAGAUAUUAUUUCAAACGAAUGAGACAAAAAUGUACAUUCGAGACAAUGCAAGAUCUUCAAGAGUUUCUCAAAUACAAAUAUAAUACACUACACAACAAGAGAAAAAAAUUACAUUCAUCAUUUUCUCGACAUUUAUGA